AUGAAUCUCGGAAGUACAAAAGGAACUUCAUUGGCAUGCUUGCACCGCACGAUUACCGAGCCAAGCACAGAGUCCGAUCGAACGACAGUCCUCAAAGCCACAUUUGAUUUCAUACUCAAAAUCACAACUGAGCCCGAUGACUUGAUAGUUGAGAUAAUAAUAAUUGAACCCCCUUCUCCUAAGCCUGAGUCAUCAUCCCCGCCUCGACACUACCGCAUAUUCCCAUAA